CGGAAGUGUCACGGCAGGGGCAAUGGCGGCGGCUGUGAACUCGACCGGCAUUCCGGCUCUGGACGAGCUGGUCCGUUCUGUAACUCUAUACCGCCGCCGGCCCCAGCUCCUCAGAGGCACCGUGCUCCCAUUUGUCGCGUUGUACCCGGCUUGGCUGUACUGUUGGGUUGCGGUGUAUGGGACGUCUGAAUACCCGGAGGCCGGUCUAAUAGCUCUGGGUGCACUGGGUGUAGUGCACGUGCUUACCGUACUUUCGGGGCUAUGGUCAGUGCACGCGCACUGCGCGCUCACCUGCACAAAGGAGUCCAACAUAAGUAAAGCUACUUUGGCAAAAGUUGUUCCCACUCCUAAUAAUGGAUCCGCCGAGUUGGUGCCACUUCUUCGAGAGAAGCAAGAAGAUGAAAAGGAGAUUAUAUCAUUUGAAUUCCAGAAGAUUAAAUAUUCCUAUGAUGCAGAAGAGAAAAAAAAAUUCUUCUCAGUGGUUUUUCCUGUGGAACGGCCCCUGUCCUAUUACCAGAGUGCUAAAGGCUAUCUAGAAGAAUCUGAAAUUAAAACGGCUGAGAGGAAGUAUGGAAUAAACAAGGCAGAAAUGGUAGUUCCUGAUUUCUUACAUCUUUUCAAGGAGCGCGCUAUUGCACCCUUCUUUGUUUUUCAGGUUUUCUGUGUGGGGCUCUGGUGCCUGGAUGAGUAUUGGUAUUACAGUGUCUUCACCCUUUUCAUGCUUGUGGCGUUUGAAGCCUCCCUAGUUCAGCAGCAGAUGAGGAAUCUGUCAGAAAUCAGGAAGAUGGGUAACAAACCAUACAUGAUCCAGGUUUACAGGAAUCGUAAAUGGAGGCCAAUUUCCAGCGAUGAAAUUGUUGCAGGAGAUAUUGUAUCCAUAGGUCGAUCAGUCAAUGAGAACUUGGUUCCUUGUGAUGUGCUGCUUCUUCGUGGGCGUUGUAUAGUGGAUGAAGCAAUGCUGACUGGGGAAUCUGUGCCUCAGAUGAAGGAGCCAAUUGAAGAUUUGGAUCCUGAACAUGUACUGGAUGUAAAUUUUGAUUCCAAACUUCAUGUUAUCUUUGGAGGUACCAAAGUUGUGCAGCAUACACCUCCUCAGAAGGCGACAAGUGGGCUAAAACCUCUUGAUAAUGGGUGUGUGGCGUAUGUCUUAAGAACAGGAUUUAACACUUCUCAGGGUAAACUGCUUCGAACCAUCCUCUUUGGAGUUAAGCGUGUGACUGCUAAUAACCUGGAAACAUUUAUCUUCAUCCUCUUUCUCCUGGUGUUUGCAAUCGCUGCUGCUGGUUAUGUUUGGAUAGAAGGUACUAAGGAUCCCAGCAGAAAUCGAUAUAAGCUGUUCUUGGAGUGCACAUUAAUUCUGACCUCUGUUGUCCCUCCUGAACUUCCUAUAGAGCUUUCUUUGGCAGUUAACACAUCAUUGAUUGCAUUAGCAAAACUCUAUGUGUAUUGUACUGAACCAUUUCGAAUCCCCUUUGCUGGCAAAGUGGAGAUUUGUUGCUUUGACAAGACUGGCACCUUAACUAGUGAUAGUUUGGUGGUACGCGGUGUAGCUGGACUCAAAGAUGGAAAAGAUGUGACUCCUAUAUCUGAAAUCCCCAUAGAUACACACAGAGUUGUGGCCACAUGCCACUCUUUAGUGCAGAUGGAUGAUGGUACACUGGUUGGAGAUCCCUUAGAGAAAGCUAUGCUCACAGCUGUUGAUUGGGCCCUAACCAAAGAUCCGAGACGUGAAACGCGAAACCCUUGAAUGCGAUCUGAGAUUUGCCGGAUUCAUAGUUGUCUCAUGCCCUUUAAAAGCAGACUCUAAAGCAGUCAUCAAAGAAAUUCAGAAUGCAUCACAUCACGUGGUGAUGAUAACCGGAGACAACCCUCUAACUGCUUGCCACGUGGCACAGGAGCUCAGUUUUAUUGAGAAGGAACACACACUGAUUCUACAGCCUGAAAAGGGAUCUAAAGAUUCUAAGUGGGUAUGGGAGUCCAUUGAUGGCACACUUUCCCUACCUGCUUUCCCAGAGUCCGUCCAAGCUUUCACUGCCAACUACUACCUGUGCCUGACAGGAGAAGGGCUGUCCUACCUGCAGUCUGUCAGGGGAGAACUUUUGUCUGCUCUUAUCCCUCAUGUCCAGGUUUUUGCCAGAGUAGCACCUAAACAAAAGGAAUUUGUGAUUACUAGUUUAAAGGAACUUGGUUACAUUACCUUAAUGUGUGGAGAUGGGACCAAUGAUGUGGGUGCUUUAAAACAUGCCAAUGUCGGGGUAGCACUGCUUGCCAACGCACCAGAGCGCCUACCUGAGAAGAGGAAAAAGCUCCGUGAAGCAAUAGGCGAUGGUAGACCUUCAGGACCUACAUUCACAAGCAACUCCAUUAAACCUACUUCAAGAGCUGCCAAGAACAGGAUUAUGUCACAUCGUGAAGAGCAGCAGGCAUUGCAAAGGGAAAGGAUCAGUCAAGUUUUGAAGGAUCUAGAAGAAGAUCAGAUACAAGUGGUGAAGUUAGGAGAUGCCAGUAUAGCUGCUCCUUUCACUUCCAAGCUAUCAUCCAUUCAGUGCAUUUGCCACGUUAUUAAACAAGGUCGUUGCACAUUAGUAACAACUUUGCAAAUGUUUAAAAUUCUGGCUCUGAAUGCGCUCAUCCUUGCCUAUGGGCAGAGUGUCCUGUAUCUCGAGGGGGUGAAAUUCAGUGACUUUCAAGCAACUCUACAGGGACUGCUGCUGGCUGGCUGCUUCCUAUUUAUCUCUCGAUCUAAGCCUCUGAAAUACCUCUCCAGAGAACGACCACUGCCCAAUAUCUUCAACUUGUACACAAUCCUGACUGUACUCUUACAGUUCUUUGUCCAUUUCUGCAGUCUCAUAUAUUUGUACCGAGGGGCAUUGGCAAGAACUGAGUCCAGGAAAGAAGAGUUUGUAGAUUUAUACAAGGAAUUUGAACCAAGUCUAGUGAACAGCACUGUGUAUAUAAUGUCCAUGGCAAUGCAGAUGGCCACCUUUGCUAUCAAUUAUAAGGGUCACCCUUUCAUGGAAAGCCUACGAGAGAACAAACCUUUGCUUUGGAGUAUUAUCUUGUCAGGCUUAGCGAUUGUGUGCCUCUUAUCUGGCUCUUCUCCAGAAUUCAAUGAACAAUUUGGCCUGGUAGACAUCCCCAUGGAGUUUAAGUUCAUCAUUGCUCAAGUUCUAUUUGUCGAUUUUUGUUUGGCGUGGUUGGUGGAUCGAAUUCUUCAGUAUUUCUUGGGGAGCUCUAAACUGAAUGUGCCUUGUUGAAAUUGGAGUUGGACAACAUGAAGCAGCACAUAUUCAAACUGCCCACAUGCCAGUAUCCAAUCUGGAUAUCCAAGGGCACCAUAAACCCUCCAGGAAGAAUGAUGGAAUGCAGACUGGCAAGAACCGAAAGGGAGUUACUGAACACUUGAAACCUUGAACUACAUGGUUAGGAUAUGAGAAACUGAAUCCUAAUUUUUUUUUCUACUGGAAUUCGCUUUUGGAAAGCGCAACAAUUUCUUAAAUAAACAGCAUUGGUGAAUUUUAAA